GGGAGGAGGCGCCGCCAUCAUGAGCUACGGGUACGGAGAUUGGAAUUCGGGCUCGAGCAGAGGCUACGAGGGCUAUGGCUACGGCUACGGCUACGGCCACGAGGGCUCCGGGGGCUUCGGCUUCGGCGCCGCCGCCGCCAAUUCCUGGGAUUUGGGCGGCUCCGAGCCCGACGGGGCCCCCGAGGGCGGCGACGGCCCCGGGAAGCAGCGGCAGGAGCCGGGAGCCGGGAGCCAGGCCGAGGCCGAGGGGCCGCCGGGACGGGGCUACGGAGCGCCCACGGAGAGAGCUGGGAGCCAGGCCGAGGCCGAGGGGCCGCCGGGACGGGGCUACGGAGCGCCCACGGAGAGGUACGAUCCCUACGAAUCCUACGGCGACUCCCGCGUGAACGACCGGGAUCUGUACCGGGCAGGCUUCGACUAUCCCGGGGAUUAUCCCGGCGAUUAUCCCAACGAUUAUCCCGGGGAUUAUCCCAACGAUUAUCCCAACGAUUAUCCCGGGGAUUACCCCAACGAUUAUCCCGACUAUCCCAACGAUUACCCCAACGAUUAUCCCGAUUAUCCCGACUACCCCAACGAUUAUCCCGGCGACUUUCCCAACGAAUCCGAGCCCGACGCCGCCGGCGAGUUCUACGGCCGCCCCGCGCCGCCCCGCCGGGAGCAGCAAUUCCCGGGCAAAUUCCGGGAGAAUCUGGGCGCCCGGGGCUGGGGCCGGGAGCGGCCGUUCCCGGCGCGCGGGGGCUGGGCCGAGCCCCGCGGCCCCGCCCGGCGCCUCCCGUCGCUCUUCGCCCACAACAUCCUCCCCGAGCCCGGCGCCUUCCCGGCCUUCCGCGGCUUCCCCGGCGCCUUCCGCGGCCUCAAGAGGAUGAGGAGGGGCUGGAAGCUCUGGGAUGCGGAGUUCAGGCGGAAGCGGCCGCGCCGGGAGGCUCCGGGCCGGCGGCGGCAGCAGCCGAGCGAGGAGAGGGCGCCGCGCACGGACGGCUCCGACAACUCCAGCUCCGACAACGAGGAAGGCACGGAGGGAGAAUCCGGAGAAAAGGAGGAAUCCAGAGGAGAAGGGGAGGAUGAAGAGGGAAGAGAUUCCGAGAAAGGAGCCCUGGGCAAUCCAGAGGAGAAUUCCCAGAUUUCCCAGCUGAGGCAGAAGCUCCAGCCCGGGAGGAAAUCCCAGGACCGGCAGAAGAAGCGGCACCGGGACCGGAUGGUGGAGAGGAUCCAGUUCGUCUGCUCCCUGUGCAAGUUCCGGACGUUUUUCGAGGACGAGAUCCGGCAGCACCUGGAGAGCAAAUUCCACCGGGAGCAUUUCCAGUUCGUGGGCACCAAGCUGCCCCAGCAGACAGCCCAGUUCCUGCAGGAAUACGUGGCCAACAAGACGCGGAAGACGGAGGAGCGGCGCCGCGGGAUCCGGGACAUCAACGCUGUGAUCCAGCAGAUCCAGCGGGAGCAGGACCUGACCCAGGAGGUGGGCCUGGAGCACUUCCUGCGGAAGGUGGAGGCCGCUCACUGCUCCGCGUGCGAUCUCCUGAUCCCGAUGCACUUCGGAUCCAUCCAGAAACACCUGAAAUCCCUGGAUCACAACCACAACCGCCGGGCCAUGCUGGAGCAGUCCAAGCGCUCGUCGCUGGCCGUGGCCCGGAGCAUCCUCAACAACAAAGUGAUCGGCCGCAAGCUGCGCAGCUUCCUGCAGGGGGAAAAUCCCUUCACGGAUGAUCCCGAGGAAAAGGAGGAGCACGAGGAAGGGGAAGGAGCAGGGGAGGAAAAUCCCGAGGGAAAUCCCGAAAAUCCCACGGAAAAUCCCACGGAAAAUCCCAAAAAUGUGGAAAAUCCCACGGAAAAUCCCGCAGAAAACCCCCCAAAUCCAGAGGAAAAUCCAGAAAAUCCCACGGAAAACCCCCAAAAUCCUGAGGAGAAUCCUGAAAAUCUCCGAGAAAAUCCCCCAAAUCCCACAGAAAAUCCCAUGGAAAAUCCCACGGAAAAUCCCGAAGAAAAUCCCACGGAAAAUCCCAAAAAUCCCGAAGAAAGUCCCACGGAAAAUCUGGAAAAUCCCACGGAAAACCCCGAAGAAAAUCCCACGGAAAACCCCCAAAAUCCCGAGGAAAAGCCCCCAAAUCUCGAGGAAAAUCCCAGAAUUUCUGCGGAUCCCGAGGAAAAUCCCGAGGCAAUGGAAAUUCCCGAGGGAACUGGAGGCCGGGAAAGGGCAGCAGGGACAGAGGCAGGGCUGGAAAAGGAGGAGAAUUCCCAAAAUCCCCAGGAAUUCCCCCAGCUGCGCCCACAGGGACCUUCCGGAACCUUCCAGGAGUGAAAAUCCCGGAAUGUCCCAAAAUUCCGGAACCUUCCAGGAGUGAAAAUCCUGGAAUGUCCCAAAAUUCCGGAACCUUCCAGGAGUGAA